AUGAAUGCCUUCGGAGGGCGAUCGCGGUCCUCAGCAGGAUGGUUCUUCGCCGGCCUCGACUCUUCAUUCCCCGAUCUUGGGAUCGAUGAAGGCAACCUAUCAGAUCUGCGUUUUUGUGGUACAGAUCUAAAAUCCGGUUGCAAGGUGUUCCAAGUGCGGAAGUCGGAUCCUCCGCGCAGUACAGAGGUACUCUUGGCCCCUGAUGUUCUCAACUACGCUGAGCUUGAGGGUGAUCUGAAAGAUCAAGUACUUGUUUUCAAGUUCAAGGGCAAAUUUCACGCCGUCGACCAUAAAUGCCCACAUUCUUCGUAUCCGCUUUCACAUGGGACACCGUUUGACAUUGAAGAUUUCGGGAUCGUCUUGAGCGCAGGUUUGACAUGUCCCAAGCAUGGCUGGUCGUUUGAUCUGCAUUCUGGAAUGGCAGACCGCGCGCGAUAUAAGCUGGGUAUCUGGGAGGUUCAGUUGCGUGACACCGCAUCAAUAGGUGCAAUACCGAUAGGAGAGGAUGUUCCAGGGCGAGGCGCCAACCUUCUAGCAGACCUUCGCUCGGUCUAUGAUUUCCCUGAAUAUAUUGAUACAAACCCUGUUGCGUGGUUGAAAUCGAGCUUGACCAGCGAUCAUCAGUCCUAUUUCUCCGUGGGUGACGAUGUCAUUGAGCGUCAGAGAAACCAAGCCAUCAUCACUGGCGGUGGAGGUUCUAUGGGCCUAGAAGUUGCUCGCUCUGUACUGGAGAGUGGCGGCGAUGUUAUAUGCAUUGACCGACAAGAGAACCCUCUAGAAGAGCCCUGGAAUCGUGUGCUGAACGUGUCCAAGAGUCAUGGAACACAAGCAUGGUACUAUAGGUGCGAUACCACGAACGCAGAAAACGUCAAAUUUGUCUUCGCGGAGUCCAUGAAGAAGUCACGGUUCCCUUUAAGAGGCUUGGUCGCCUGUGCAGGAAUUUCAGGUGACGCGCCAUCCAUCGACUUUCCGAUCGACACGGCGAGAAGUAUCAUAGACGUCAACGUUAUUGGAACACUCGUCUGCGCACAAGCUGCAGCCCAGGAGAUUCAGAGGCAAGGAUCGGCUGGAAGUAUUGUCCUCAUUGCGAGUAUGAGUGCUCACGGGAGCAACAAGGGUGUUGAUACCGUGGCAUACAAUCCCUCAAAAUCGGCAGUUGUUCAGAUGGCUCGUUCUCUUGCUGCUGAAUGGGGCAGCCGCGCAGAUAUACCACUCAUUCGGGUGAACUCGAUCUCGCCUGGGUACAUCCGUACAUGUAUGACGGAAGAACCACUCAGCAAUCCUGAUAUGGAGAGAGAAUGGACCAACGGCAAUAUGUUGAUGAGAUUGAGUGAGGCGCAUGAGUACAGAGGUCCAAUUACCUUUCUGCUUAGCGAUGCCAGCAGUUUCAUGACCGGUUCUGAUGUCCGUGUAGAUGGGGGCCACACAGCGUGGUAG